ACCUGCAACCCCGGGGAUGAGAGAGAUCGAGAGACACUACGGGACAAGCUUCGACAUCAUCCACGAUCGAAAUCCCCGCGAAACGACGGAAGCGGCCGCCCCAUUCCCUCCCGACAGUGGUCAAUUGACUUACACGUUCUCGACACCACCUCGAUAAGAAAUAUCACCUUCCCUUUCCACCCUCGAAAAUGGUCGGCAGGAUCCUCUUCUGGAGCGGCUUCGGCUUCGCCGUCCGCUUCUGGCAAAUGGGCAUCGAGAUGCGCCCCUUCUUCAACAAGGAGUCCCUCUGGGCCUACCCAGCCUACAUGCUCGGCGGCGGCAGCUUCGGCUACUGGCUGCAGGGCGUCGACGAGAGGCAGUCGGCCAUCCUCAACGAGCGCAAGUCGGUUCUGCUCCAGAAGCGCGCGAGGGCGGCGGCGCGCAAGGAGGACGAGGAGGCCGCCAAGGCAUAGACGCGAAAAAGGAUCGGGAUCGUUCUUCCUUCGCCCGCCCGACUU